UGCGAGCCUUUUCCAGUUUCUGUUUUGAACGGUGGCACCGGCUGCGAGUGCACUACGGCCCUGAAGCUCUGAAGGAUGGGUAAAGACUUCCGCUACUACUUCCAGCAUCCCUGGUCUCGCAUGAUCGUGGCUUACUUGGUGAUCUUCUUUAACUUCCUGAUAUUUGCGGAGGACCCAGUUUCCCACAGCCAGACUGAAGCCAAUGUUAUUGUCGUUGGAAACUGUUUUUCUUUUGUAACAAAUAAAUACCCCAGAGGACUUGGCUGGAGGAUCCUGAAGGUGCUUCUGUGGCUCCUGGCCAUUCUCAUAGGACUCAUAGCGGGGAAAUUUCUGUUCCAUCAGCGCUUGUUUGGUCAGUUGCUCCGGUUAAAAAUGUUUCGAGAGGAUCACGGGUCAUGGAUGACAAUGUUCUUCAGCACGAUUCUCUUUCUCUUCAUUUUCUCUCACAUAUACAACACAAUUCUUCUGAUGGAUGGCAACAUGGGAGCAUAUCUCAUUACAGACUAUAUGGGCAUCCGCAAUGAAAGUUUCAUGAAAUUAGCUGCAGUAGGGACCUGGAUGGGGGACUUUGUGACAGCUUGGAUGGUCACUGAUAUGAUGCUUCAGGACAAAACUUAUCCAGAUUGGGGAAAAUCUGCAAGGGCUUUUUGGAAGAAAGGAAAAGUGAGAAUCAUUUUAUUCUGGACCGUCCUCUUUACUUUGACUUCUGUGGUCGUACUUGUCAUUACCACCGACUGGAUCAGCUGGGACAAGCUGAAUCGGGGGUUUUUGCCCAGUGACGAGGUUUCCAGAGCAUUCCUCGCCUCCUUCAUCUUGGUCUUUGACCUCCUUAUUGUGAUGCAGGACUGGGAGUUCCCACACUUCAUGGGUGAUGUCGACGUAAACCUCCCCGGGAUGCACACACCUCACAUGCAGUUCAAGAUUCCCUUCUUUCAGAAGAUCUUCAAAGAAGAAUAUCACAUUCACAUAACAGGUAAAUGGUUUAACUAUGGAAUUAUCUUUCUUGUCUUGAUUUUGGAUCUUAAUAUGUGGAAGAAUCAAAUAUUUUAUAAACCUCAUGAGUAUGGACAGUAUAUUGGGCCAGGGCAGAAGAUAUAUACAGUAAAAGACUCAGAAAGCUUAAAGGAUUUAAACAGAACCAAGCUGUCUUGGGAAUGGAGGUCCAAUCACACUAACCCUCGGACUAAUAAAACCUAUGUGGAGGGAGACAUGUUCUUGCACAGCCGGUUCAUAGGCGCUAGCCUUGAUGUCAAGUGCAUGGCCUUUGUUCCAAGUCUGAUAGCUUUUGUGUGGUUUGGAUUCUUCAUUUGGUUCUUUGGGCGGUUUUUGAAAAAUGAACAAGGCAUGGAGAAUCAAGACAAGACUUACACACGCAUGAAAAGAAAGUCUCCAUCAGAACACAGCAAAGACAUGGGAAUCACACGAGAAAACACCCAGGUCUCGGUGGAGGACCAGCUGAAUGACCCUCCUUUGGUUUGCAUCAGGUCUGACUUCAAUGAGAUUGUCUACAAGUCUUCCCACCUGACCUCAGAAAACUUGAGCUCUCACUUGAAUGAAUCCACCAGCGCAACAGACGCUGGUCAAGACCCAACGACUUCAAGAAGUGCGCCUACGAACUAGACGCAUUUACGUGUGUGGAGAUAGCACAAAGAGCAACCCUGAGUGUAACGUUAAGGAGUUAGUCUUUUCUUUUUGUAAAUGUAAGGUUUACGUAGCAUUAAGUAAAGAAUUACAAACAAUGCCACAACGGUGCGGUGCUCAACAUGCUUUUUCUAGGACUCAUUGUUCUCUAUUUGUAUUACAAUACACGUGCCUACUGUACACUCAACAGUUCUCUAGAGAUUUGCUUUCAACUAUCGCACAAGCUCUUUACUGACUUUACAGCAUAGUACAUUAGCUGGUUCCCCACGUAUCUCAUGUUCAACCAUAGCGGUGCCUUGAGACAUUAAACUGUUUUUAACUGUACCAGAAAUGGAGUGUGGAGCAGUUCUCUAACCUAUUUCACAUGUUUU